AUGUCUGCUGCUCUGAAGGCAUUGUUGCUUCUUUCAUGCACAUUCCUAGGACUCAUAUGUGGAACCCUUUAUUUAUAUUCCAGUUAUUCUCCCCAACUUGCAGCUAGACUAAACUACACUGCCACGGAUUCGUCACAGAUUGCACUUCUUGGAACUAUAGGAAUUGCAGUUAGUGGACCUGUAGCGGGUCGUUUGGUUGAUCUGCACGGCUAUACCAUGUCUUUAUUCUUGGGUGGAUUAUGUACUGUUCUCGGAUACUAUGGUUUGAAAAUUCAAUACGAUCAUCAGUAUUCAAGUGUGACAUCACUGGCUUCCCUUAUAUUCAUGAUUGGGUGUGGACUGACACUCAUGAACUCUGCAUGUUUGAAGUGUUGUGCUAUAAGUUUCCCAAGUAUUAGAGGUGUAGCCACUUCGCUACCACUCGCUCUUUAUGGGUUGAGUGCUCUUUUCUAUUCAGUGAUUGGAUCUGUGUUCUAUCCUGGUGAUACAUCGAGCUUUUUGGGGUUCCUUGCAUUUUCUGCUGCAAUAAUAUUCAUCAUAUGUACCCCUAGAAUCAUCAUGGCUGAUCGGGAACAUCGCGUGAGAAGAAAUAGAGUUGCAGCAGCCGCUGCAACAGCAAAUUCUGAAUUUGAAUUGACUGCAAUCCCCAAUAUAGAACAAAGAUCUUCGACGGAUCAACAUUUUAAACAUUCUCAACAAAAACAAAUCGGAGGAGUAGAUCUUCUUAAAUCAAGAGAAUUUUGGCUUAUAUUCAUAGUAACCGGAGCAUUGGCUUCAAUGGGCCAAAUGUAUAUAUAUUCAGUGGGGUAUAUGGUUAAAGCACUUGCAUUGCACAAUCAUAACCUAGUGGCUGAAAUUCCAGCACAUUUGGAUGUGGAUUCACACUCAUCAUUGGAGAGUUUAGUGCAACAACGGCAGCUGCUUCAAGUAGGGCUACUUUCAAUUGCAAAUUGUGUUGGAAGAAUAGCUUCUGGGAUAUUAGGAGAUGUUUUUUCUCAAACAUUCCAUAAACCACGUUCAAUGUUACUCUUUUUACCGGCUUUAGGGUUAACAUUGGCUCAAACAAUGGGACUUCGAUUCGAAGAAUACUCGGAUUUAUCCCUGCUUUCAUUACUUGUGGGAUUUUUCUAUGGCUUCACCUUUUGUAUCAUGCCAAUUAUUGUUGGAGAUGCAUUUGGUAUGGAUAAUUUCUCAUUAAAUUGGGGGUUUGUUGGGUUAGCUCCAAUUCUUCCUUCAUUUUAUUUCACAAAAUUAUUUGGUAAGACAUAUGACUCGAACUCAUCUAUAAGUGAAGUUACUGGGACAAGUGUUUGUGUCUUGGGUAAAAAAUGCUACAGUAGCGUGUUUCAUAUAACUAUAUGGGUCACAGCAUUUUCGGUCGUUGUAGUAACAUUAAUAAAUGUUAGGAAGAGGAGAAGAGAUAAGGCGAUUGAUAGAAUAUGA